AAGGCUACAAACUCGGCACCACUAAAUCUAGUAAAGAAAAAGGGGAAGACCUAGAAAAAUACAUUACCGAGCAAUUACAAACCACUUAUAACGGCACCGAUGACAUUAGCAAGAUUACUCAUGUGGGAACCAAAGCCGAUAUCAGCCACAUUAUCCAUACUAACGGACAAACCCAAGGCCAAAUCAUUUACGAAAUUAAAAAUGAGGCUAAAUGA